CAUCAUCUAAUGACACUAGAAGAAGAGCCACAUCAUUAUCUCAUUCUUCUUCUUCUUCUUGCUGUUCUUCUUUUUCUCCACUAAUGACCUAUUCCGUAAUUGUUAUUCUCGUGAUUAAUCUCACCAUCCCUUGCAAUGGAGAUGUUAGUAGCCAACAACAACAGCAACAACCAAAAGUGUCGCUCACAAAGAUGGCAAGCGACACCGUUUCAGUGUUGAAGGCAUCAUAUAGAAGCUCCUGGGACAAAGUUAAAAAUGUCAUCCAUGACAUACAACUGCAGUUUUCGCCCCCUAAUUUAGAUUUUAGAAGUGAGGACCCAAAAGUUGGGAGUGGAGCGACCACAGACAGGGUGAUAGGGGCAGCGGAGAAAAGCGUAGAAGUUGGCAAGCACGCUGUCGAAGAAACGGCGGAAGUUGCCGCUAAGGUUGUCGAGACCACAAUGCAAAUGACAACUGACAAGGUCAAGGGCAAGAAAUCUAGCCAUGAAGAGCUUUAAUUUUAUGAAUCACAAUGAUGAUUAAUCAUCAUCAUCAUCAUCAUCAUCAUCUAUAAAUUAGAUUAAAAUCAUGUCUUUCACUAAUCAAAAGCAAAUUUCCUUCUCAUUUAUCCUCCUCUCUAUGAUCUCACUCUAGUGACUAGCUCGAUUCUGAUAGACAACG